AUGUUAUGCUUAAAAGACUAUUGUAUAAACUCAAUUAUUCAAAUAAUUAAAAAUAACUAUAUCGAUAGUAAUAAAGAAAAUGAUAAUAGAAACAAUAGCAUUAAUAACAAUAUACUAAAAGAAAUUGGGAUUCAAUAUUUACCUUCAGAUAUAUUAGAAAGUUUAUUAAAAAUAUUGAAAAAUAUUGAAAGAUGGAAAUUAAACGAUCAAAUAUUUCAAAUUUUAUUAGACUCCAACAUAAACUAUUUAGACCUCAGUAACGAAGAUAUGAUAAAUUUUAAUAAUUUUAUUCAAAAAGAAAAAAAUAAUAAUAGUUAUAACAAUAUUUACUAUAGCUUAAUAGAAUUAAACCUCUCAUUUAAUAAUAUAGAAGAUUGUUUAUUAUUCCAUUUUCUCAACAAGGUAAACAGCUUAAAAUCUUUAAAUCUAUCAUAUUGCACAUUAUUAGAAUUUACAAGUUUCGAACAAACAAAUAAUAUAUCAAUAACAUUAGAAACUUUAAACUUGAGAGGUUGCACAAAUAUAACUUCAAAAGGAUUUAAUGAUAGGGAUACCAAGUAUUUCAAGCAUUUAAAGGGUUUAACACUUUUGAAAUUAAAUCAUUGCAAUAAUAUAUCAUCCGAAGCAAUUAAAUAUAUUUCACAAUUUAAAUCAUUAAAAAUUUUACAUCUAUCACACUGUACAUUACUUCAAGCACCCAACUCAUUUAAACCAUUAGUCGAAAAUAACUCCAGCAUAACAACAUUAAAUAUAUCAUACUGUUUAGUUGAUGACGAAUCAAUUGGUACAAUAACAUUAAAUAAUGAAAACAGCGAUAAAGAAAAUAAUAAUAUAGAUAAUAUAGAUAAUAAUAAUAGUUUAAUAACAAAUCAAAAAAAUAUUGAUAGUACAAAUGACCUAAUAAAAAUUCAAUCCCUAACAUCAUUAUCAAUUAGAUACAAUAGAAUCACACCUAAAUUUUUAAAAGCACUUUCAAAUCAAAAGGAAUUAUUAAGAAAAUUUAAACAUUUGGAUUUAAGGCAAUCAAACUUUAUUGAAGUCGAGAAUGCAUUAUGCCUAUAUCCAUAUAUGUGCUCAAAAGAUUCACAGCUAUAUAUUAGUAAUAAUAAUAGGUCAGGUAGAAGAUCAAGAUUCAAUAUAGAUAUUUGUGUAAAUAAUAGUAAUAACAAUAAUGAUUUAAUAAAUUUACAAGAAUUACAUAAUCGCUAUAAUAAUAAAACCAUGGCAAGUGAAGAUCAAAUUCAGCUAAAUAGGUCAAGUUUACGAUUAUCAAUUUUAGAGCGCCAAAAACACUCACCAUUAAUAUUAUUAGGGGAAGAUGAAAAAUUUCAAGCCUCAAUCGUAAAGAACGUACUCGAAAGGAAAAACUUUGAUGUUAGAAUUGCGACCAAUGGGAAAACAGCUUUUGAAAUGUAUUGCGAAACUCCAUUCUUUGAACUAGUAAUCAUGGAUAUUUAUAUGCCUGUUGUCAACGGUAUUAACAGUGUUAGAAUGAUCCGUCAAUUUGAAAAAUCAAAUAAUCGAAAACGUACUCCAAUCAUUAUUUGUAGUGGUAAUGAAUCAAUUAUUAAAUCAGGAAAUAACUCUUCAGAUGACAUUGGUGGAGAUGCUUUCAUAACCAAACCUUUUAGACCCAAUUUAAUAGAUUUAAUAAUAAAAAUGACUCAAAACACUUCAAUUAAAACAUAA